CGGCCGCUCGUGCUCGUGCACACGCAAUUUAACAAAAUCAUCACUAUUAUCAAAGUAUCAACAGAGCUGAAUCCAGAAUGAAUAUCCCCGCCAAACGCACCAACUACUAGUACAUAAUCAAUCAGCUCUUUUCGGCUUCUACCCAAAAGCAUAUCCCUUUGGUUUCCCACUUCGAUCAUCCUUCGCCUUCCAAGUCUCCCUUUCUUCUUCUUCUCCAUCAUCUAUCUCUUUGAUCGCUUGUUGCAUUUGAAUUUCAGCUUCAGUAUCAAUGGUUCUUUCUGCUGAAUGUCUGGGUCUGUGUACUGUGUUUCCUAUGCUUCUCAGAGUCUUGAGUUUGCGGGCUUUAAUUACUGCCGGUUUGUUUGUUCCAGGUACUAGCUCAAUUGGAGUUCAAACGGGAAUUGGCAUUCUCCAAUCUGGGCUCCAAAUUUUGAAGUGGGAACCGGUAAGAUGGAAGCAUUUGUGCAGUGAAGAUUCCAUUUGCCUCCCCAUUUCCCCAUUUGUGUUGUUGGGUAAAACGACAAUUGUUGACUCCCAAGACGGGUUUUGGGUGUGUGUUAAGUGGAAUUCGUGUAGGUUGGUCAGGCAACAGUUGGUGAGACUUUGGUUGAUUAAUGACCAGUUUUAAGGAGGACCCAGUUCUUGGAAGUAACGACAUGAUAAUAAACAAGGAAGGUUCUGAAACUGGCAGUAGCAGCAGGUCCACUGUUGUGGAAAAGGCGAGAGAGGAAGGUCAAAGUGGGAGAGACAUGGCACCUGCUGGGAAUUCCAUUCACCGUUCUGCUUCAAGGCCCCAGCUUGACCUUAGCAAGGCUGCAAUUCAGGGCAAUUUUGAGGAGAGGGAUCCCACAAUUCUGCUGCCUAACCAAUCUGAUGACAUUUCGCACUUGGCUCUUGAUAUUGGAGGAUCUCUAAUUAAACUUGUAUAUUUCUCAAGACAUGAAGAUCGAUCAAAUAAUGAUAAGAGAACAAAGACGCUCCAGGAAAAGCUAGGAAUAUCAAAUGGUAGCAGGAGAAGCUUCCCUGUUCUUGGUGGAAGGUUGCACUUUGUGAAGUUUGAGACAACCAAGAUUAAUGAGUGCUUGGAAUUCAUCUCUUCCAAACAGCUCCAUUGUGGUGGAGUAGAUGCAUGUAAUGGACUUCUUGGAGCUUCAGCCAACCAAAAUGCUGUAAUCAAGGCCACAGGUGGUGGGGCGUACAAGUUUGCUGAUCUCUUUAAGGACAGACUUGGGGUUAGCCUUGACAAGGAAGAUGAAAUGGAUUGCCUUGUUGCAGGAGCAAACUUUUUGCUUAAGGCUAUUCGUCAUGAAGCGUUCACCCACAUGGAAGGUCAGAAAGAGUUUGUCCAGAUGGAUGACAAUGAUCUGUUUCCUUAUCUUCUAGUAAACAUUGGUUCUGGUGUUAGCAUGAUAAAGGUUGAUGGAGAUGGGAAGUUCCAGCGUGUUAGUGGGACCAAUGUUGGUGGCGGUACAUAUUGGGGAUUGGGGAAGCUGUUAACCAAAUGCAAGAGGUUACUGACUCUCCUUUGUUGCAGUUUUGAUGAAUUGCUGGAGCUGAGUCAAAGGGGUGACAAUAGGACUAUUGACAUGCUUGUUGGUGACAUUUAUGGAGGCACGGAUUAUAAUAAGAUUGGUCUGUCAGCAUCAACUAUCGCGUCUAGUUUUGGGAAGGCCAUUUCUGAACAGAAGGAACUUGAAGACUACAGCCCUGAAGAUAUUUCUUUGUCCCUCUUACGAAUGAUUUCAUACAAUAUCGGGCAGAUUUCAUAUUUGAAUGCACUCCGUUUUGGACUUAAGAGAAUCUUUUUUGGUGGUUUCUUCAUAAGAGGUCAUGCUUAUACCAUGGAUACAAUCUCUUUUGCUGUUCAGUUCUGGUCUAAAGGGGAGAUGCAAGCAAUGUUUCUCCGGCAUGAAGGGUUUCUAGGAGCCUUAGGUGCGUUUAUGAGCUAUGAGAAGCAUGGUCUGGAUGACUUGAUGGUUCAUCAGUUGGUUGAAAGAUUCCCCAUGGGAGCACCAUACACCGGUGGAAAGAUUCAUGGCCCCCCACUGGGUGACUUGAAUGAAAAGAUUUCUUGGAUGCAAAAGUUUGUGCUAAAGGGUACUGAGAUAACUGCACCUGUGCCAAUGGCUCCUCCAGGAACUACUGGCCUUGGUGGCUUUGAGGUUCCUUCCUCGAAAGGGGGUACACUACGAUCUGAUGCAAGUGCUCUAAAUAUCGGUGUUCUCCAUCUCGUACCGACUUUGGAGGUGUUUCCGCUGUUAGCAGACCUGAAAACGUAUGAGCCCAAUACAAUCGAUCUUUCUGAUCACAAUGAAUUGGAGUACUGGUUCACUGUCCUGUCCGACCAUAUGCCUGAUCUUGUUGACAAGGCAGUAGCAAGUGAAGGGGGGACUGACGAUGCUAAAAGAAGAGGCGAUGCUUUUGCUCGUGCAUUUUCAGCUCACUUGGCGAGGUUGAUGGAGGAGCCCGCAGCAUAUGGGAAGCUAGGAUUGGCCAAUCUCUUGGAGCUCAGGGAAGAGUGUCUGAGAGAGUUCCAUUUUGUUGAUGUCUACAGAACUAUUAAACAGAGGGAAAAUGAGGCAUCACUUGCUGUGUUGCCUGACCUAUUAAUGGAGCUUGAUAGUAUGACAGAGGAAACAAGAUUGCUUACCUUAAUUGAGGGAGUUCUAGCUGCUAAUAUAUUUGACUGGGGAUCUCGUGCUUGUGUGGAACUCUAUCAUAAAGGGACAAUAAUUGAAAUCUACAGAAUGAGUCGCAAUAAAAUGCAAAGGCCUUGGCGGGUGGAUGAUUUUGAUCUCUUCAAAGAGAGAAUGUUGGGUUCUGGAGAUAAGAAGCCUCUACCGCACAAGAGAGCUCUACUCUUUGUGGACAAUUCAGGUGCUGACAUUGUUCUAGGAAUGCUUCCCUUGGCGAGGGAACUCCUUCGCCGUGGGACUGAGGUUGUUUUGGUUGCGAACUCUCUUCCUGCUCUAAAUGAUGUAACUGCUAUGGAGGUUCCUGAGAUUGUUGCUGAAGCAGCUAAGCACUGUGACAUUCUUAGAAGAGCUGCUGAAGCUGGAGGGCUACUUGUGGAUGCAAUGAUCACCAACUCAGAUGGUGCCAAAGAGAAUUCGUCGUCAGUCCCGCUAAUGGUUGUUGCGAAUGGCUGCGGAAGUCCAUGCAUUGACUUGAGGCAGGUCAGCUCCGAGCUUGCUGCUGCUGCGAUGGAGGCUGAUCUGAUUAUCUUGGAAGGAAUGGGUAGAUCUCUUCACACCAACUUCAAUGCUCGGUUCAAAUGUGACGCUUUGAAGCUUGCAAUGGUGAAGAACCAAAGGUUGGCAGAGAAACUGAUUCAAGGAAACAUAUACGAUUGUGUGUGCAGAUAUGAACCGGCAAGUUGAGAGCCUUUUACCGAGUUCUCUGCUGUCAACGGAAAAGUCCGCAACCUUUUUUUAUCUUCAUGAUCACCAAGCAAAUCUCAGUUGUAUGAUAUGAAAAUAAAACUAGCUUGCUAGAGGUUGACCAUUGGUUUCUGUGUGGAAUAAAGAGAGUACAGGAACUGCAACAAGCAAAUCCCAGUUGUGUUUGUACAUACUUGUACUAUCAGAAUGAAGCCAGCUUCUGCCAUCAGUGAUUGUGGUGUAAGCCACAUUUUAUUUUCGAAAUCUAGUUAUAUGCAUUUUGCUGCAAACCCAGUCUUCACACUAAAAUAUGGAAACCAGUAUCUUUUCAAGAAAUGUCCCCUGCUGC